AUGCCGGCCGGCCGCGCCGCGCGCACCUGUGCGCUGCUCGCCCUCUGCCUCCUGGGCAGCGCGGCCCAGGAUUUCGGGCAGACGCGCUUCAUCUGCACCUCGGUGCCCGUGGACGCCGACAUGUGCGGCGCGCCCGUGGCCGCCGGCGGCGCGGAGGAGCUCCGGAGCAACGUGCUGCAGCUGCGCGAGACCGUGCUGCAGCAGAAAGAGACCAUCCUCAGCCAGAAGGAGACCAUCCGGGAGCUGACCACGAAGCUGGGCCGCUGCGAGAGCCAGAGCACGCUGGACGCGGGCGCCGGCCGCAAGCAGCCCGGCUCCGGCAAGAACACCAUGGGCGACCUGUCCCGGACGCCGGCCGCCGAGACGCUCAGCCAACUCGGGCAAACUUUGCAGUCGCUCAAAACCCGCCUGGAGAACCUCGAGCAGUACAGCCGCCUCAACUCCUCCAGCCAGACUAACAGCCUCAAGGAUCUGCUGCAGAGCAAGAUCGAUGACCUGGAGAGGCAGGUGCUGUCCAGGGUGAACACGCUGGAGGAGGGCAAGGGGGGCCCUAAGAACGACACGGAGGAGAGGGUCAAGAUCGAGAGCGCCCUGACCUCCCUGCACCAGCGCAUCAGCGAGCUGGAGAAAGGCCAGAAGGACAACCGUCCGGGAGACAAGUUCCAGCUCACAUUUCCUCUGCGGACCAACUACAUGUAUGCCAAGGUGAAGAAGAGCCUGCCGGAGAUGUACGCCUUCACCGUGUGCAUGUGGCUCAAGUCCAGUGCGGCGCCUGGCGUGGGCACGCCCUUCUCCUACGCUGUGCCCGGCCAGGCCAACGAGCUGGUCCUCAUCGAGUGGGGCAACAACCCCAUGGAGAUCCUCAUCAAUGACAAGGUGGCCAAGCUGCCCUUUGUCAUCAAUGACGGCAAGUGGCACCAUAUCUGCGUCACCUGGACCACCCGGGAUGGGGUCUGGGAAGCCUACCAGGACGGCACCCAGGGCGGCAACGGCGAGAACCUGGCGCCCUACCACCCCAUCAAGCCACAGGGUGUGCUGGUGCUGGGCCAGGAGCAGGACACUCUGGGCGGCGGGUUCGAUGCCACCCAGGCGUUCGUGGGCGAGCUGGCCCACUUCAACAUCUGGGACCGCAAGCUGACCCCGGGGGAGGUGUACAACCUGGCCACCUGCAGCACCAAGGCCCUCUCCGGCAACGUCAUCGCCUGGGCCGAGUCCCACAUCGAGAUCUACGGAGGUGCCACCAAGUGGACAUUUGAAGCCUGUCGCCAGAUCAACUGACGCUCCACCGGCCGAGCCUCCUGCCCCUCGGCCCCGCCCUCCUCCUCUGCUUGUGCGGUGAUGACCCGUCCUCUGUUCUCUCUGCCCCCCGCCCCCCGAACGACUCCAGGCCGUUGCCCUCGCUCACAUGCACACGCACACGUACACCGCCCGGUUUGUCCCGGUGCACGCGGGGCAGGCCUGGCCCCGUCCGUCCCCGAGGAGGGGCCCUCUCCCGGGAGCCCCGCACGGCUGUGCAGGCAGCGCGACGCUCGAGCGGUGCAGAAGUAGGCGAGAGGGCGGCCUGCGUGUGUGUGCGUGUGCGCACGCGCGCGCCUGCGUGUCCGCCAGUGUGCGUGUCCCUGGGGGAGACCUUUUCUUUUACAAUGAGGCGUUUCGUUUCCUUCUUCCUCUGUGUCUUUGGGAAAUCUCCUGGCUGGUCAGAGCCCUGUCUUUGCCGACCUCGCGAGCCAACUGCGCGCCUCGGGGCCGGGGCGGCCUCCCUGGUGACACGCAUCUGUCUUCGUUAGCGAAGCUUGCGCUGAGUGACACGCCGCUGUGUCGACGUAAUAAAUGCCUUUCAGCGGUUUGCUGAAGGCCGGUGGUGGGGGGCGGGGGUGCCUGUCUGUGGAGGUUUUUAGUUUGUCGUAGAAGUGGGUUCUCUCUGAGGACGGAAGGCAGACAGUGUUCUGGGGGCAGGGCCCUCUGUCCCAGAGGCGCAGCGGAGAGGGGAGCGGGUGGGAGGAUGGCCCGGGCAGUCCCCCCUGGGCCCCAGCGCCCUCCUGCUGGCGUCGGAGAGCGGCGCUGGGCCCCAGGGGCCGGCUCGGGCCUCAGCCUUCCCACCUCCUCACAGCUGAGAGCCUGGGACCAGUCCUUCAGCCGCCAGCCGUCCAGCUGCGGCGCCGGUGCCCCUGAGAGAGGAGCCCCCCCGGCCCCGACAGCCAGGAAGCCCGGCCCCAGGCCCCCCUUGCCUCUAGUAGUAGAAGACCGGAGGCUUCCAUGAAUCAGCUCAAGAGGGAAACCCACACUCGGAUUAAGACACAGCCACGCAGGGCCGUGGAGACCCACCCAGCCCGGUGGCACCAGCAGCCGCAUCCCCCCCCAACCCGGGCCGAGGGAGCUGGCCCACCCAGCACCCUGGAGACCUCUCACGGGGUCCCGAAGCCCACUCCCCAUCGUAGGCGGCUCACGUCCUGCCAUAGCCCCCAGCCACCUGUCACCAGCUGGUGACCUUGAGUCCUGACCAGUGUUCAGAAGCUUUGGAUUUUCUUUUUCCCGUGAGAAGCCGUUGUGUGUGCUUCCUCCCAGCCCUCCCGAGGCGGGAGGGGGGUGUGCGCACGCGCGGCGGUGAGAGCGAGCACACGCUCAGACGACCGUGCCCGGGGGAGGGCGGACUCCCUGCUUUCUGCAUCCCCCGGGGGUCGCGCGCCCCGAGGGCGCCUGGGCUCUGUCUCCAGGCGUCUACGCAGCACACGGCUGGCACGUCUUUCUAGAAACCCUCCUGCACUGCCUGGCUCCCCCGCAGCUGCAGACGUCCCCCCCGGAGAAGCGGGUGCUUCCGUCUCCUGUUCCUUC